CAUAGAGAGAGGUGGAGCAUGGCAGCUGAAACAAUAUUCUUCCGAGUGCUGAAGAUCCAGACACAGGAUUCUUCCUAUCUGCACUGUACUGUCAUCCAGAUGCUGGUAACUUUGUAUAUACAUGACAAGGGGAAAGACAAAAGAAAUCUCAGCACCAUUAACAUUGCCUGAAGAUCUUGAGCCUUGAGACUGAGUGUAUGCCUGGAGAUGCACAAACUUCAUACUUGUAUCAAUUGUACUAGCUUGUUGUAAAGCUGUACACAGGAGAGAGCUGACAGCAGCUCACAUUUACAGCUGGCAGAGCUUGAGGGGGUCAUCUGAGGGGCUGCACUAUAUAGACUGUGUAUAAGCAUUUUAUAAAGAUUUCUCUUUGGUCACUGUAUUUGGAGAGAGAAGAACAGAUUCCAUAUUUUGCAGAAGCAGGAGGAUUUCCAGGCAGCUCUGUUCCGAUACUCUUCACCCUGACUAAGCUGUAAGCCAUGAUGAAGACAGUUUCCAGUGGAAGCUACACACUUAGUGUCCCAGCAAAGAACUCUUAUCGUAUGGUAGUCCUUGGUGCUUCGAGGGUGGGCAAAAGUUCCAUUGUUUCACGAUUCUUAAAUGGACGCUUCGAUGACCAGUAUACACCAACAAUUGAAGAUUUCCACCGUAAACUAUAUAAUAUAAGAGGUGAUAUGUACCAAUUGGACAUUUUAGACACAUCUGGCAAUCAUCCCUUUCCUGCUAUGAGAAGACUCUCAAUCUUGACAGGUGAUGUGUUCAUACUCGUCUUCAGCAUAGACAGCAAAGACUCAUUUGAUGAAGUAAAGAGGCUGAGAAAACAAAUCCUUGAAAUAAAAUCAUGUGUGAAGAAUAAAACAAAAGAAACUGGAGAGUUUCCCAUGAUGAUCUGUGGAAACAAAAUUGAUUGCGGGGAACACCACCGCAAGGUACAAACUGAAGAGGCAGAGCGUCUUGUUUCUGGGGAUGAAAAUUGUGCUUACUUUGAGAUCUCAGCCAAGAAAAACCUAAAUGUGGAUAAAAUGUUCCAAGUUCUUUUCAGUAUGGCCAAGCUUCCUAAUGAAAUGAGCCCUGCUCUUCAUCGCAAAAUUUCAAUGCAGUAUGGAGAUUCCUUUCAGCAGAAGUCUUUUAGGCUAAGAAGGCUAAAGGAAAUGGAUGCAUAUGGCAUGGUCUCCCCAUCUGCUAGACGUCCUAGUGUCAAUAGUGAUCUCAAAUAUAUAAAGGCAAAAGUGCUUGGAGGAGGUCAAGGACGUGACAGAGAGAAGUGCACUAUUCAGUGAGGUAAUUUUUAAAGACUAAACUUAACAAAGUGCCUUCAAGCUUGCUAUGAUCCUAGAUAUAAGGAUUCAAAACGUAUACGGUACCCUAUAUUGUGGGAGCAAUUACAAAUAAAGAACCGUGUUUUGGGUUUCAUAUCAAUACCCUGUAGCUUGAUAGGGACUUCAGACUAUGUAUAAUAUCCAGCAUGAAGAACACAUAUGAUAUAAUAAUUACAUAGGAUGUUAGGUGUAAGGUUUGCUGAACUGAACACUUUUUUGUAUCAAGCAUACCGGGUCCUUUUGUGCCCAGUUUGUCUCAAGACGAAUGAUAAAUAUAAUGAACUUACUAUGUUUAGUGGACAAGUAUGUCAGUUUACUAAAACUAUAACCUACUGUUUUAGUGGACAGUUGUGCAAAUUUACUAAAUAUAAGGAUUAACAUAACUGUUAAUAACAUUAUGAAUACAUGAAGGUAAAUUAAAAUUAAGAGUAUCUGCCAGCUUUAUCUUAAAUAUUGCACUCCAUGUUCUUAUAAUGUAUCUGUGAUUUUCAAAUGUUUGUUCUAGUGAGAAAAUAACCAGAUAAUAGCCAUUUGUCUAAAGUAUUCAAAAUUGUAUUCAUUCUUUUUUAUUGGUCAAUUUGUCCUAAUGAGCUUUAAAAUGUUCCACUUAAUCAUGUAAUUAACUGCAUGUUGCUAGGUAUUAAGUGUGCACAUACUAUGUAGAAUAUAAGAUCAAUGCUAAGAUAUUGAAGGCGUUCUUAUUCUCUACUGAUACGAUACAUGUCAAAUCUUUCUCAUU